AUGGCCGGAUCCAGGCAACAACGUUUAAAUUAUUCUUUAUACUAUUUUCGCAGUCUCCUUUUGGAUAAUAACCCUUGUGGAAUGUGUAGCUAUCAACAAAGUUGUGGUUUUGGUGGAGAGAAAAAAUGUCAUUCAAGCCCUUUUCACGUUCAAGGAGGAAGACCAGUAAUUCCAUUUUAUGUGUCAGAACGUAUUUGUGGACAGAAAAGCCUAAAAGGGUAUGAUCAACAUGAAAGUUGUCGUCUUGAUUAUAAUAAAUUAAUUGGUUUUGGUGAUGAAGAAUGCAGGCUUUGGCCAACCAAUAAGGUAGACUUAACAUCUGUAGAACCAGGCUUUCGUGAGCAAAUACAAAACCUUCAAUGGUACAACUGUUUGGCAACAACAGAGACAAACGGAACAGAAAAUGAAUUAAUAAAUGUUUGCCGUUGCUGUUGUUUUCCUUUCCGUCCAAAUCCACAGACAUUUUUAUGUGAACACGUUCCUGGGGCUCCAGUUGCUCCAGAACAAGAGAAAGAGGAAGAAUAUUACUAUUCUGCAACUGAUUUUCAUUAA